AUUGUCAAGCGUAUUUUGUCGUUCGUUGUUGAAGAAAAUCGAGAAAAGAUAAUUUAAUCACUGGAAAAUCUGCAAAUUGCACUCGGUUUAAAAUGUCGAAAGGAUUGCUAAACACGUGUGAAGAACUCUACGGAACGAAGGAUUUGUACGAGCUGUUCAGCAUCGACAAAAAGGCGUCCGAACAGGAGAUCAAGAAAGCCUAUUACCGUUUGUCGCUGAAAACACAUCCGGACCGGGUGCCGGAAGACGACAAGCAAACGGCCACGGAACGUUUCAAGGUGCUGAGCAAGUUGUACAGCGUGCUGACCGAUAAAGACAAGCGAGCCCUCUACGACGAACGCGGAAUCGUGGAUGAUGAGGGCGAGAACGAGGCGGACACCUGGAAGCUGAGAUGGCAAAACCUGUUCAAGCCGCUCACAGACGAGGAUAUCGACAACUUCAUGAAGUCUUACGUGGGGUCGGAACUGGAACGAACGGACAUCAAAAAGGCCUAUCUGAACGGGCGCGGAUGCAUCAACUACAUGAACCAGACAGUUCCGUUCAUGAGCUGUGAAGAUGAGCCACGUGUGGCCAAGAUCGUGCAGGAGCUCAUCGAUGCCGGUGAAGUACCGGCGUACGAUGCGUUCCUGAAAGAGCCCAAAGCAAAGCGCGAUCGCCGCCACAAGAAAUACGCUCGUGAAGCCAAGCUUGCCUCCGAGGUGAAGCGCCAGCGCGAUGAAGAAAGCGAACUGUCCUCGCUGCGCAAGCAGCUUGCCGUAAGAAAUCAGGAGCGAAAGGGCACAUUCGAAUCGAUGAUUGCAUCCCUCGAAGCACGGUAUGGCGCCGCCAAUGGGGAUGAUGAUGAGGAAGAGUUUGUACUAGAAUCUGCUAAGAAAUCUCGUUCUAGCUCUAAGAAGGCAAAAGCCACCACACCAAAAGCGACUAAUGCUGCUAAAGGCACCCGCAAGAGUGCGCGCUCUGCAAAAUCUUAAUUUUUGUUCGACGUUUUUUUUUUCUAACAAAAUUCCAAUAAACCCUAAACUAAAAUAACUGAUAUUAUUUAAGAAAUGAAUCGGAAUGUUCCCGUGCAGAUGGCUGAAGAAUGAAAUGAAAUAAAUUACAGGAUUCUGUAGA